GAAAGACUUCCUGGGAAAGUGUCCCAUGUCAAGAGUUUUUCUCGGAGAUGUUUCCAUGGAUCCUGCCAAGAGCUUGGAAAUGAAGGACACCACGUCUUUGGUUGGCGCGUACUACAGUGGGAAGUCGGUCCUCGUUACAGGAGCCACGGGAUUUAUGGGCAAAGUCCUGGUCGAGAAGCUUCUCCGUUCCUGCCACGAUGUGAAAACCAUCUACGUGUGUGUGAGGCCGAAAGGUGGACGUUCCAUGCAGACUCGAGUGGAGCAUCUGCUGAAAUGCAAGGUGUUUGACAGAGUCCGGGAAGAACGGCCCAGUUUCCAUGAGAAGGUUAAGCCCAUCAGUGCUGAGUUCACCAAGCCAAAUCUGGCCAUCUCUUCUGAAGACCUGGAGGAGCUGAUUUCUGAGGUCAACGUGAUCUUCCAUUGUGCUGCAACGGUUCGAUUUGAUGAGUCCCUGAAAAAUGCCCUUCUCCUGAACGUCUUGGGCACCCAGCAGCUCCUGAGGCUGGCCCACCAGAUGAAGAACCUCGAAGCCCUCAUCCAUGUUUCCACGGCCUACUCAAAUUGUAAUCGGAGACACAUAGAGGAGGUCUUUUAUCCUAUCCCUGUGGAGCCAAAGAAGCUUUUGGACAUGAUGGCGUGGAUGGAUGAGUCCCUCAUUGAAGCGAUCACCCCCAAUUUGAUUGCAGACUGGCCUAACACCUACACCUUCUCCAAAGCUCUGACUGAGCAUCUGAUCCAGCAGGAGAAAGGAGAUUUAAAUGUUGCCAUCAUCAGACCUUCCAUCGUGGGAGCUAGUUGGCAGGAGCCCUUCCCAGGCUGGGUUGACAACUUCAAUGGCAUAAGUGGCUUCCUGGUUGCGGCUGCAAAAGGGAUUUUACGGUCCAUAAAAUGCAAUCCGGCGGCAAUAGCUGAUAUUAUCCCAGUAGACUUAGCUAUCAACUUAACCAUCACUGCUGGCUGGUACACUGCAGUUCACAG